UCGCCAAUUAUUACUGCUGCCGUCUCCCAGUCCACUCCUCCGUCCUCCUCCCCCGCCGCCGACCCGCCGCCGCCCUUCGAAUCUACCUCGGCUGCCGGAGAUGGCGGACGCCCUGGACAUGUCCCUCGAUGACCUCAUCACCAAGAACAAGUCCUCCUCCGCUCAGUCCCAGAGCCGCCGCGGCCGCCGCAACCCGGCAUCCGCCCCGGCCUCCGCGUCUGGAGGGCCCGCGCCCGCGGGCCGCCGCUUCCAGGCGCGCGCCGCCACCCGCGCUGCCGCCGCGCCCUACCACCAAGCCAACUUCCGGCACCAGGCGCCGCCGGCUUAUGCGUAUGCUGCCCAGGCCCAGCAGAUGCCCAUGGUGGCGGCGCCGGCCGUGGCUGAGUCGGGCAAGCUCUACAUCUCCAACCUCGACUACAACGUCUCCAACGAGGACAUCAAGGAACUGUUUUCUGAGGUGGGCGACGUCGAGCGUUACUCCAUUAACUAUGACAAGAGUGGCAGAUCAAAGGGAACUGCUGAGGUUGUAUUCGCAAGAAGAUCGGAUGCUCUAGCUGCUCUUAAGAGAUACAACAAUGUGCAGCUUGAUGGCAAACCUAUGAAAAUUGAGUUCAUCGGAACAAAUAUUGCGGCACAAGCACCUGCCAUCUUUACAUUGAAUACCCCGGCAUUGGGAAACUUCAAUUUUCCGCCCAGAAGCGCACCUGGAGGAGAUGUUGGUGGUCGAGGAUGGCCUCGUGGCAGAGGUGGAUUUGUCGGGGGUGGUCGUGGUCGAGGAUGGCCUCGGGGCGGAGGUGGAUUUGGCGAGCGUGGGCGAGGGCGUGGUGCUGUUGUGCGUGGGCGGGGUAGGGGAGGGCGUGGCAGUCAGCUAGUUUCUGCCAAUGAUCUAGACGCUGAUCUGGACAAGUACCACUCGCAGGCGAUGCAGACCAGCUAAAUUCUUCUGGCAGCCAGUAUAGCUUUGUGUAGGAAUAGAUGCAGGCAUGUAUUAGAAUGUGAUUUGUGAACAUGUUUUUCGGAGGAAUACAAGCAUAUAUCCAUCGAUGGUGUUGGUCCUUGUAAGGGAGAGUGUCAUCACUUGUAUCAGUUGAGAAGACAAGAACUGGAUGAGAUUUUAUGAAGUGCAAUUGCAAGUUUCAGAUUUGCUGCCAA